AUGCUAUGUGAUAACAUCCUGUGCAGUGCUGGAGCUAGCCAAGGACUGAACUUUCUCUCGACCCACUUCUUCAAGAAAGGGGAUCUAGUCUUUGUAGAAGACCCCACAUACUUCCUUGCCCUUACGGCAUUCCGGCAUGACCAGCAGCUUAAUGUUGUAGCAGUUGCUAAGGAAGAUGAUGGCAUAGAUACGUAUGAUCUAGAGGAGAAGCUUUCAGAACAUCUUGGAGAUCGACCAGCAGAAGAUAAAAGACAGUUUCGUAGCUUACUCUACCUCAUACCAUGCUUCCACAAUCCAACUGGGUCAUGUACAUCUAUAGAAAAACUGAAGAAAAUAGUUAAAAUAGCUCGGAAGUAUGACUUACUUGUGGUUUGCGAUGAUGUCUACAAUAUGUUGUCUUGGCAACCGGCUGAUGAAGGCAGUCCCAGGAAAUUCAAAUCUCCGCCUCGACUCUUCGCCUACGACAACCCCGCCGAUUGCGACUUCAAGGGCAACGUGGUAUCCAACGGCAGUGUGUCCAAGUUCCUUGCACCCGGACUGAGGCUGGGAUGGAUCGAGACUUCAGAUCGCAUCAUUGACCUCAUCAUGAAGAAUCAAUACUUGGACAGCGGUGGAUCGUUCAAUCAUUUAACAGGAGGAAUUGUGGGUACAAUGCUAAAGAUGGGACUCGUCGAUAAACAUCUAGACUAUGUGUGCAAUCAUUUUAAGGCAAACGUAGAUGCCAUGGCAAAGAUUUUCAGAGAGGAAAUGCCACCAGGAGUUAAAUUCAACACACCAGAGGGUGGGUAUUUCUUCUGGGUUGAGCUCCCAAAGAGUGUGGAUAUCACCAAACUAUCAACUCUCUGCAAAGAAAAAUAUAAAAUCAACUUUGCCCCAGGUCGCAACUUUUCUUCGAACCCCAAGUUUGAGAAAUGCAUCAGAUUGUCUUUCAGCUACUACCCUAAGGAGAGACUAGCGGAUGGCGCAAAGAGAUUAUGCCAAGCCGUCAAAGAGGUGAUAGGGCAAACAUCCUAGAACCAUACCCAGCUGAUAGAGAGAUUUGUGCCACCUGGUUGGUGUUUCAUAAAGCUGUUCGUAAAGUUACGCAUGACUGGAACAUGUUCUUAGGUCCUAAAUCAAUUGCAUAGGGAUAUCACAGAGCACAAGAGAGGAUCACCAGUCGUGCGUAAAAUCAUUCGUAUCUUACGAACAGCUUUGUGAAACACCCACAAGGGCCCUGUCUAACAAACGGUUGUGAUGGAUCCAAUCAACAUCAACUAGUAUGGAAAUCCAUCAUUGCCAUAACCUUUCCUACAAACAAUUUGCACAAUGUCCUUUGUAAACAAAGAGGAACACACUGAAUUAUCAAGACAACAAUGAAUGUAUGAGUAUACUUACUUCAUCAUCUUGAAAACAUAUAGAAUAAACAUGCAUUUUAAAUGUAAGCGUUGCUGGCUUGCCAUAGUUGAGGUUGAUCGGAUCAGUCUUAACUCUUUGUAAGAUGGGAUCCAGGAAUUGUUAUUGUGUAGCCAUGGUGGUCAUGUUUUGACUCUUACUUUUGGUGUACUUGUGGUGGUUGGGUUAAGAGAUAACUUUAGUUCUUGUGAAGAAAGAAAAUGCAUGUACUUGUUUCUUAUGAUCUUUUAACAUCAUUUCAAGUAUAGUUAGUAAGGUGUAGUGCAUGGGUGGCUUUUCAAUUGCUCUCAUAUUGGAAAUGUGGCAUGAAGAAUAUAUAUGUAAACCUUCAUCGGCAAUAUCCAUGUAGACCCAUAUAUUUAUUUCCGUGCAGUCACUGCCUUUCAGCUACCUUUUGGGGAAAGUGAGCAGGCUUAUCAUUUUGACACUCCAUAUCUCACUCUCAACCUUCAAAUUUACAUCUAAUCUAACUCUUGAAACAGUCCCCAUUGUUCUUUUAAACGACACCAAUUCAGAACUUAAAUUUCCCUUUAAGGCCAGUUGGAAUUAAGAUUAAACGUUGUGUUUAAGUGCCUUACUUCAUCCACAGUUGAAGUUAAGGUAUGUGAUUGAUCAACGACUCUUUAACUGCUCGUGUCACCCAAGCAUUAUCUUAGAAUUAUCUUCCAUUCAAGACUUUAAUGUGUCGUUGCCUAUUACAAAUAUAUUUUUAUCAAAUACUUUUUUAUGUAGUUAUAUUCCACUGAAUUAUGACGAAUGUAACACUCGUUUAUGCUUAGAAAUCGUUUCUUAAAGGGAUGGUCCAGGCUGAAAGUAUUUAUAGCUUAAUAAAUAAAGUAUAAUUCACUGAGCAAAAUGCCGAAAAUUCCAUCAAAAUCCGAUAACAAAUAACAAAGUUAUUGAAUUUUAAAGUUUAGCAAUAUUUUGUGAAAACAGUCGUCAUGAAUAUUCAUUAG